AUGUCCAAACAGGCUACCCAAUCAUCCUUUUCGGGUCUCAAUGGACUUUCCCUAGAUGGUGGACUGGCCAAUGGCUGGAAAGACAUGGGAUCAAUGAAUUCAUCGGGCAGCAAUGCUUUUGACAUUAGACUGCCAUCCCAGGUUGACAGCUUCACAUCUCCACAAAGCAACAUGAUUGACGAUGUAUUCGGCAAUGAUAGCUUCCCCUCUAAAUUGCUAGGUGGAGAUUUACUUAAUGGGAUACUCGGAGAAGACAGCAACGAUUUUGAAGAUGCAUCAGUCAAUAAAAAAAACAGCAGUGCAUCUUCAUCAUCUGCCAUCAUAGGACAGACCAACAACAGCAGCAGCAGCAGCAACAACAACAACAGCAACAAUCUAGAAAACAUCUGGGGUGUUAGAGGAAGUGGAUCUGAAAGUUCGAUAUUAGGCAGUAGCAUCACUAAUAACUCCAUCAACCACCCGACCUCUACUACUAACAACAGCGUCAGCUCGACAGGAGAUUACUCAAGUGCCUUUGCUCCAUUUUCUAACAACGAGGGUUUGGGGUAUCUAAGAAGGUCCUCAUCUUUUAACAAAGACGACAAAACAGUCACAGUCACUAAAGGUGGAAACGAUUCUUCAAAAGUUUCGAGUGGAGUCGAAUCACCAAUUGUCCUACCUCCUGAGUCAUCGGCCAGCAACCAGGCCACAUCCAACUUGGGCUUCAUAGAGAUUAAUCAACUGAUUCAGCAGCGAAUAAACAGCAAUGAAGGAUGGGGUAAAGUUCCCAUCCGUCAGGAAACACCAUGGAGAAUGGAGGGCAGCCAGUAUGCACCUAGGAGAGAUGAAGUGGAACAAAUUCCUCAACAACCAGUUCCUCAGCCUGAAAGUUCAGGGCCAUUCUGGGAUCAAAAUGCUCGAAUCGCAAAUUGCUCUGAGUCUGACCGUAACUUUGGUGUCUGGACAGAACCAGGAAGACCCAAUGUUCCAGCAGGGUUGGGUGUUGCUCCAGGGAUGGGUCUCGCAUCUGGUGUUGGUCUCUGGAAAAACAGCCUGAGUGCCACAAGAGGAGAGACUCCUUCAGGCCAGUGGGCCAACAAUCCGGAUCCCAAUUUAACUUUCCUUGCUGCAGUGGCUCAGAAAUUAACAGAAGAUCCAGCAACUGCUGCGGUACCAAAACCAAAGUGGACUUCGCAGCCACCACUUUCAUCUCUUGGAGGAGUGGCCAAUGGUCCAGCUACUGUUGUUGGUGCUGCUGGCAGUGGCUGGGAAGAAAAAUCUGCAGGGGCUGCAUUCACCCCAUGGAAUUCUUCUCAAAGGGUUGAUAGCAAUCCAGUUGUGGAUUUCAACAAUCCGAUGCUACAACAACUUAUCAACCUUGGCAUACCUAUUGAAAGCGCUCAGAAACUCCUACAGAAUACGGAGAGCCAGCAACAACAACAGCAGCAGCAGCAGCAACAUGAUAACUUUAAUAACCCCGCCAGCAAAUUAGGUUUCGAUGCUUCUCGCGGUCGCGCCCUCUACCCUCAAAAAACCCACAACGCCCCCACCAUUCCACCGACACUGCCACAGCCACAACAGCAGCAGCAGCAGCCGUUUGGCUUCAGCCAACCGCCACAACAGCAGCAGCAACAAAAUAGGAUGGAUUUCGGUCAUCAUCAACAGCAACUACAUCAACAUCAGCAGCUUUUACACAACAAUCUGUUCAUGCCCCCUUACAACGUUAACAAUUCUAAUGGAUUGGUGCUGCCUAAUCCGCAGGACAAUGCAAUGGCAAAUGCCCAGAAGUUACUACUAGCACUACAAAUACAACAGCAGCAGCAACAACAUCAGCAGCAACAACAUCAGCAGCAGCAACAACAACAUCCCAGUGUUGGCAACAAUGCUGAUCUGGCAGCUAUGAUGAUGAUGAUGGCUGAGCACACAAAAUCUGGUGACAAAAGCGAGGCCAUGAUUUCUCAACUCAUGAAUACCAUUCGUCUCGAAGGCAAGAAAGAUAACGCGAACUGGUGGAUGUCCCAACAGCAGCAACAACAGCACCACCAACAGCAGCAACAACCAUCUCUACAACAGCAACAAGGACUCAGCAGCAGCGGUGGUGGCAACAACAUCGACGACAGCAACUUCUGGAGUCUUCCAGGUGCUGACGAAACCUCCCUAUUCAUGCCAAACAGCAACAACAACAACAGCAGCAACAACAACAGUAAUAUGAAUGCCAACAUGAAUGCAAACAUGAUGUUCAACAGCAACAGAAUGCCAUGGCAGCCGAACAAACAACAGCCACCCAACACUGCUAACGUUGCUUAUAAUUGGAUACUCAUUAAGCAUUUCAAUGGAGACACAGCUUCACUAAGUCACAUCUGCCAACAAAAUCGAGCCCUCCGACAAUUUUGUGGCGCCCAGUCAAACUCAAUCCUUAUAUUCUUCCCGACCACUGACGACGCCAUGAAGGCCAAGGCCUCUCUAGCUCUCUCCAGGGUUCAGUCGGACUUGCUGGACAGCACGAUGGCGAAUCGGGAACUUCAGUCCGGGAUGUGGGCCCCGAUGCCCCCCAUCCAGGCCCACCACCCUCGAGGCGGUCUACCUCCCUGGAAUCGAUUCUAAGCAGUGGCUGGAUCGGGAUGAUGGUUUUUAUGAAGUGGAGAUUUGCGUUUGCUUGGCUGUCUGUCUGUCUGUCUGGCUGGCUGACUUUGUCUGUCUGACUUUUUGUUUUUCGGUCUGUGUUUAUUUAUUUGUUUUGAUUGAUUGAUUAAUUAAUUGGUUGUUUGGUUAAUUAAUUAAUUAAUUAAUUAAUUAGGGAAAGAUAUCAUUAUCCAUGUUUUAGCUUGAUUUAUUUUUA